AUGGCAAAUUACCCAGCAAAUUUCUGGGAUGAAUACAAGACCCGCAAUACUUUAGGUCUGAACGAGCGUGUGCAGGUCAUACGCGUCUAUGACUCAUAUAUCAACAAACCUACCUAUCAAAGCAUAGCCACCAAGUUCGGUUGCAGUGCCAAACAAAUCAAAAAUAUCAUCGCAAAUCGUGCAGCGAUCUUGCGACAAUACGAGGAGGCCAGUCACAGCAAAAAUGGUAUUCAACCCCGCACUGAUAUCGUUCAGAAGCGCCAAGAGAAAAUUGAAUUUCUCGGCAAAGUCAUAUACGAGUACAUUCAGCGGGCGAUGUAUCACGGCCAGCCGAUUGACGACGAUCAUGUACGCCAGAAAGCUUUACAGAUCAAAGAAUGCAUAGCUGUGGAAAAUUUCCAACCCAACCGAUCGUGGUUGGAUGAUUUUAAGACGACGUACGGUAUACCAUCGUUCGAUAUGGAAACUCUGCGUAAUAAUGUUCAAAUAACGGAAGUUAAGCGACCCCAUUUCAAUGUCAUCGAUAUGAUACAGUAUGUCAGUCGCUUGGAACAGGAGGAACAAAGGUUGGUAACGAAAAAAAGAAAAUUACCAGAGGCAAAUGAUAAUGAUGAAGGUCCAGCAUCAUAUAUGUUGGAACCCACAAUUGUUUAUGAAUCCGUUGAUGAUGAUGAUGACAUUCAGGAGGUACAAGUUAUCAAUGGCCGUGAACAAUAUCAAUUGGAAAUACCGACGCCGCACAAUCCUAAACCAGCAAAGAGAUCACGACCUUCAAAUGUUCUUACAAACUCAGAUGAACCAUUUCCCGAUAUUGAAUCUGCCGAUGUAGCUUUGAAACAUUUGAAAGCUCUUGAGGAGUAUGCCAUGUUAAAUGAUAAUUUCCGGGCCAUCGGUUUACUAACACAAUUGGAGGAGAUUUUCAAAAAGCAAGGAAAGAAAUAA